UUUGAAUGAUAUUGGUCUAGAUUUCGAAUAAUCACGCAGGAAUUUAGUAAGCAAGCAGCUGUCAAAUCUCAGCAGGCGGCCAUCCGUUUCGCAACACUGCCCCCCUGUAACGACACAACCUACAACAACACCAUCCACAACAACAAAGGCAAUAACAUAACCAGAAGGCAAAUUGCAAGUUGCACGUUUUUUCUAAUCGGCCGAAAAUGAUAAGCCGGACAACGGCAACAUAACCAUAGCUGCCGUGCAUCUAGGCAUCCGUUCCGUCAAAUCGAUAGCCAGGCCACAAAUACAAAAUUCUCAAAAGUUUAAAGGAAGCAAAUGUGACAAGUGUGUGAGCUGAAAGUAAUAGCGGAGGAACAUAAAUAUCGCCGCUGCCUCUGCUGCCACUGAGUUGUUAUGCAAGCGGGCGGCAGACAGCUACCCAAAUUAAAUUAGCCGGCAUGCUUCUCAAUCGAUUUGUGCUAGCUAUUAAAAACCAGUCAAAGGAGACGCUGCGCGCCUGGAGCUACCAAUGCGAGUCCAUCUUCGCCCAGCGCUCGCGGCGCAUUCAGCAACUGCUGAGUUUUUACCAGUCGGUGUACGGGACCCAGGGCCUGAAGCAGCUCUGGCGAGCCUACUACCGUCGGGAGCUGCAGCCACCGUUACGGGGCAUGAUUAUGAGUGCGGUGGGCCUUAUGGGACUGAACAUCAAGCGGCUCGGCAGUGAUGGCUUUGACUGGAACAAGGAACGUUUGUCGCUGGCCAACUUCGAUCUGUGCCAUCGGGACAUUGAGUUUAUCAAUACUCUAACCCAGAACCAGCUGUGCGACCGAUGCCAGGCCAAAAAAAUGAAAUACUGCUACUGCCAGCUGGGAAACCAGCGCUGUCGCAAGUCCCAGUCCGCAAAGAACCCGUCAACAUCUCCCUCUCCAUCGACCAGCGGGGAGGCCGAUGAAAGCAUCGGCUACUGCCAGAAGUCACUGAAUUUAGACGUGCGCGGUGCUCCGAACGGAUCAGUUCGCAUCCAGGCCCAGGAUGACCAUUCAUGGGAACCAUACUUCAGCAAGAACGAGUUCAGCAUAUGGCGGCGGGAGGAACGCUCGUCCCUUUACUCCUACAAGGUCUAUGCUCGGUUCGACGACAUCACAGCCGACGAUUUCCUCCAUGUGCAAACCGAUCUGGACUACCGUCGCCAAUGGGAUGACACUGCUCUCAGACUAGAGCUCAUCAGCGAGGACCCUGUGCCGGGAAGCAACUCUCACCUAAUCUACUGGGAGAUGCAGUGGCCGAGGUUAUUUGCCAAUCGCGACUAUGUGUACUGUCGGCGCUACGUUAAGGAUGACAACAAGAAGCUCAUUUUCAUCUGCAAUCGCGCCGCCAAACAUAACACUUAUCCAGCGUUGUCUGGAAAGGUCAGGGUUACUGACUAUUGGAGCCUCAUGGUGAUUAAACCCUUCCGAGGAUUUCACGAACCGGGAUUGCACUUUGUGCUGACAUACUACGAUGAUCCGGGCGUGCCCAUUCCGCAAAACAUAAAAUCCUGGGUGACGCAAAAACAGAUGCCCGAAUUUCUUACUAAGAUGUACGUGGCUACCAAGAACUAUGCCUGCUCUAGGGCCAUCAAGAUGAAGGACAUGUUCAAUGGCUUCUCAUUGAUAAGCGAAGACUACACGGCCAACGCUCAGCGUGGCAGCUGGCUGGGCAGCUUGAGCCGGCGCAAGGCCAACCGCAGCAGCGAAGCGGAGCGUUGAUAUAUCGGUUCAUAUCGAUUCCUUUCCAAACCCCAUCCUUUCAAACCCCUUCCUCCCACUCACACACUCCCACGUUUCAUCUUCGGUUCCAUUUACCGACUUUAUCAACAACCAUUCAGGAGACAAUACCAUUUCUAGCAUUAGAAAAUAUGAAAUCGAACCACAGAACUACAGAGCAACUGUGCAAUAGCUGUCGGCAUUUCGCGCUCAUUGAAUGUGUGCCACACGGAUGGGAUACUUUAAAUAUACAGAAUGUAUCUAACUACUAAAUACAUAAUAUUUUAAGUUUAGAAAUUGUUUUAAAAGCAAAUAGAAAAUAUGGAAAUUACUUGUACAAUAAAGGAAAUUCAGAAUAUAUAAAUGAAAGAGAA